GAGUAAAAGGAGCAGGUUUCUGGGCGCGAUAGAAUAGAUUCAAGGCAUAAUGUACAGACAAAGGCAUGGUAGGAUGUAAGUACAUUAGAGAUAAACCUAGGCAUUGAGUGAUGAUGAGAGAGAUAUUUAAUAAAUACCAUAUCACAUUUUCAGAAUGGUUUUAUUAGGUUGUGUCGAUGAGAAUGGACAUGACAAUAUUUGAUCAUAUAUAAAUCAUUAGUAUUUGAGAAUGGUUGAAGAAAGUGUUUUUGUAUUUUACAUUUUACCACAGUGCGUCAUAAAAGGCAUCUAUAGCCUUUCAUGCAUAAUAACCAUGUGAGCCACUGCAUUGCACUGCACUCUCCCUCCCAUACAUGUAGCCAUAUCUAUUGACUAAAAAGAGACAUGCUUUAUUCAGAUCGUAAAACUUGUUUGUCAAUAGAUAUGGCUACACUACAGGCAGACUAGAAUAUACACUGGUAUUUGCCUGGAAGGUGCUAAUUCUACCAAAUGUUGAAGGGCUAUUGCAUUCUCAUAUUUACGGUAAUAGAUACUCACGUCACGAGUUGAACGGAAGUACGAUUGCAAUUGCGCACGCAUCUCCCACUUGAAACGUUGCCAUUUAUCAUAAUCUACGGAUUGUUGUUUUACUUAACACAGAGAAUACAAAUCUGUAAUUUGGGUUGGACAAGAUGGCAAGCUGCAAUUUUCAGGCGCAGUUGGUAUCCAUUAUGGAGGUAUUAGCUAAAGCAGCUGUAGCAGAAAUAAACAAACAGGUUGAUGAUAGCUGUGCAGUUAUACGUUUGGAAAUUACCCAAAGCCAGCGAGAUAUUGAUGGACUGAAAAGGAAGUGUCAAAUGAUGGAGGGCGAGCUGAAGAAGACGCGAGUCAGGAGAAAAGAGAGAUCGUCAUAUCCAGUCAAGAUUGUUUUGAACAAGCAGAGGAGUAACUCACAGUGGAGAGAUGGAGAGAUGGCUGUUGAAGAGGACUCUCAACCCCAGCCUACAGAUGUGGAGCAGAGAGCACAGACUGAACCCAUACUGAUCAAAGAUGAGGAGACCGCAGAGGAUGUGUGGAAGACUGACCCUCAGGAAGAGCUCAGGAUCACUGGAGAGGAGUCAGGAUCCAAGCCUGGGCAACCAUCAUCCUUUGAGCAACGGCCCUGUGACGAGGACUUCAUCACACAACCCAACAUAUCUUCUGAAGACUCAGUGGAACAUUACCCCAAUUCUGAUGGUCCAGAGGAACCAGGCAUUCCCCGGCCUGCGUUUACAGACGUGUUCAGCACAGAGCAGCACCGGCCAGCCGAGGACGAGGACUCACUAGAGCUAGUGAUGGUGAAGGAGGAGAAAAAGGAGGAGCUGGGCCAGACCACGGCCCUGGCAGGACUUGACCAGUUUGUCAUGGAUGAGACUGAUGGGCAGCUGUGGACCUCUGUGGAUCCAGGUAGACACAGUGAAGGCCACCCAGAUUUCUCCUUUCAUGCCACAGAGGAGUACUCUCAGAAUAUAUCAAUUUUCCCAUCUCAUAGUGGGCUGCCAUCUGUUCCUAUUAUGACAGAUGAUGUAUGGCCAUCGCUUCCCUCUUCAAUAGGGAAACCACAUGCUGACAUGCUCAGUGCAGCAGCACACAUGACAAGACAUGUCAGGACAUUGGCUGAUGAGACUAGACAGCAGAUGCCAGAAGGACAGAGCAGUGAGAUGCUGAACUCAAAUAAUGAUGGAAAUAGUUUAGCUCUACAGCCAAGGCAGCAUCAGUACAGGGCUUCAGAAUCAACAGUGAAAAUGAGUGAGUGCAUGACAGGGUCAAACAUGGCUACCACCUCCACCUUCUCUGGAUACAGCCUGAGUCGCAGUAGUUUUAACAUGGUGAAGAGGAUGAGGACUCAGUGGAGGUCGGGCGGCACCACUGAGAGGCGUUUCAGCUGCACCUUCUGUGGGAAGAGCUUCCAGCGUUUCAGCCAGCUCAAAGUACACCUCCGGAGUCACACCGGAGAGAAACCGUACACCUGCGAACAGUGUGGCAGGAGUUUCACCAAGCAGUGCAACCUGAUCAGACAUGCUGUGGUCCACAGCGGGGAGAAGCCCUACGAGUGCACACAGUGUGGGAAAUGCUUCACCCAGCGCUCCAGUAUGAAGUCACAUCAGAGAACUCACAUAGGAGAGAAUCCAGUGUCUCAAAAUGUGGUACCCGCAUACCCUGGGGAUCCACACACAAGUUUAAUAUUGUCUCAGACGAAAUGGAACAAAUAGAGCGUAAUUGUAUCGUUUUUCGGUAACAUUUUCUAUGUGAUAAUGAGUGUAGAAGUUAUUUUGAGACAUUUUGACACACUUUUCCUCCCAAUUGAUUUGUGAACUGGUUUUCAUGUUUGACUGUUGACGGCUCGUCACUUUCAUUUUAACAAACAAUUGAUUUACUACUGGUAACAUCAAUCAUAAAAAACAUUGAAAUAUAUCAUAAACAUGUUAUAUGGAAUGCAUUUAAAGACAGUCAAUCUGUGCUUUUAGAUAAUGAACAUACUGUAUAUAGGA